GUUUGAUUAAAAUGUUGAUUAAUAAACAUGACAAACCGAAAAAGAGAGUCACAAAACCGACCCUAUAUAAAUUUGGGAAGACAUAAUGGGUAGCUUUUGAGGAAAGGGAAGUAAUAAAAAUGUGACAAAGAAGCUUCUCACAACUCACAAGUGACAUUCAUAGUACAUGGGAGGUAUAAAAUAUUCCGUACCAUGAAAUGAAUUUAUUUCAAGGAGCAAGUACUACUACUACACAGGAAGUUGUGGCGAGCGAGCGAGCGCGUUUAAUGAGUUAAAAAAGGAUUGGAUUCCUAAUUUGAAAUCAACAACCACUCCUCUGCCUCUGCCGGCUUCACAUGUGGCUGUUCCAAAAAGUUACUCCGAUCCCUUCUCCUUUUCAAAUUCCUGUGGCAAAAACAGAAACCUGUUUGUUUGAUUCCUCUUCUUCAUGGCGAAGUACAUUUCCACAGACGAGCUGAAGAAGCACAACAAAGCCGGAGACCUGUGGCUGUCCAUUCACGGCAAGGUGUACGACGUGUCAGAGUGGGUCCAAACCCAUCCCGGCGGCUCCCUCCCUCUCACCACCCUCGCCGGCCAAGACGUCACCGACUCCUUCCUCGCCCUCCACCCACCCGCCGCCUGGAAGCACCUCUCCCGCCACUCCAACGGCUAUUUCCUCAACGACCACGCCGUCUCCGAUGUGUCCAGGGACUACCGGAAACUCGCGGCGGAUUUCACCGAAAUGGGGCUGUUCGAGAGAAAGGGGCACGGAGUCCUCCUCUCGCUCUGCUUCAUUUCACUGAUCUUCGCUGCGAGCGUGUAUGGAGUGGUGUGCAGUGAGGUAUGGUGGGCUCACUUGGGCAGUGGGGGGCUAAUGGGAUUCCUGUGGAUUCAGAGUGGGUGGUUAGGCCACGAUUCCGGGCAUUAUCAGAUCAUGAUGAACAAAGGGUGGAAUCGGUUCGCCCAGAUCCUCACCGGGAACUGCCUUGCCGGAAUCAGCAUCGGGUGGUGGAAUUGGAACCACAAUGCUCACCACAUAUCUUGCAACAGCCUGGAUUUCGACCCGGAUCUCCAGCACAUGCCUCUCUUCGCCGUUUCCUCCAAGCUCUUCUCCUCCCUCCACUCAUGCUUCUAUGACAGAAAGAUGAUCUUCCAUUCCUCCGCCAGAUUCUUCAUCAGUCACCAGCACUGGACUUUCUAUCCCGUCAUGUGUUUAGCCCGACUCAAUCUCUUUUCCCAAUCCUUCUCUCUUUUGCUAUCGGCCCGAAAAGUGCCCAAUCGGGCCCAGGAGCUUCUCGGGCUCCUCGCCUUCUGGGUUUGGUACCCGUAUCUCGUUUCCUUGUUACCAAACUGGGGGGAGAGGAUCCUGUUUGUGCUGGCUAGCUUCUCCAUCACCGGAAUUCAGCACAUUCAGUUCUGCCUUAACCAUUUCUCGACGAGCGUGUACGUGGGCCCGCCCACGAGCAGCGACUGGUUCAAGAAGCAGACGUACGGGUCGCUGAACAUCUCAUGUCCUCAUUGGAUGGAUUGGUUCCACGGGGGGCUUCAGUUCCAGAUCGAGCACCAUCUGUUUCCGAGGCUGCCCAGAUGCCACCUCAGGAAGGUUUCUCCCUUUGUGAAGGAGCUUUGCAAGAAACACGGGUUGCCCUACGCGUGCGUCUCGUUCUGGGAGGCCAACCGCUUGACGGUUAGGACGCUCCGGAGAGCGGCCCUGGAGGCCAGGGAUUUGACCCGGCCUCUACCUCCCAAGAAUUUGGUCUGGGAAGCACUUAAUACUCUUGGUUGAGUGUGCAUAGUAUGGUGCUGCUACCUAGCUAGUACUUGCAUUCACUAGUUCAUUGCUUCUUCAAAUCCUUAUCUUUGUCAAGUGUGCUUGUUUUGUGUGUUGUUUGGACAUUCAUUGUCUCUGGCCUCCAAGUGUCUUGAGGGUUGUUUGUCUUCUCUGAUGUACGAGUAAUUCUUUUGAGAUUUAUCGUUU